CAAUUGAAUACACACCCCUAAUCGUUUUUAUUUACUUUUUAUGAAUUAUUGUUUGUGUAUAAAACUAUAAAUAAAUACUUGAAUACCUAAAUUCUUUCCGGACUUUCAUUCCCAAAAAAUACCCGAUACUGUCGCUGGGAAAUGGAAGCUAAAGUUAGAAACUUAUUGGAUUCAGUCGGCCAUAUCUUCUCCUCCGGCGAUCAGAUACCUUGGUGCGAUCCCGACAUCGUCGCUGGAUGCGAGCGUGAAGUGGCAGAGGCUGAAAAUGGUGCUUCUGAAACAACUAAAAGUGAAUGCAUGAUGCGCUUAUGUUGGGCUCUUGUUCAUUCAAAGCGUCCAGAAGAUCGCCAGCGUGGUAUAGCAAUGCUAGAUGCUUCUUUAGGGCUCAGUAGUGGUCCACAACAAAAGAGGGAAAAGCUUUAUCUUUUAGGUGUUGGAUACUACAGAAGUGGGGAUUAUGCUAGAAGCAGAGAGAUAGUGGAUAGCUGUUUGGCGAUUGAACCUGAUUGGAGGCAGGCAUUGACCCUGAAGAAGGCAAUUGAAGAUAAAAUCACUAAAGAUGGAGUGAUUGGCAUUGGCAUUACUGCCACUGUUGCUGGGCUGGUUGUGGGGGGGAUUGCGGCUGCGUUGUCCCGUAAGAAGUGACUGUUGAUCGUGUGAACUGCUGCUGACUGUGCAUUACAAUUGCAAACCUUUUCGUUGUCCCAUCAGUAGUGACUGUUGAUUGUGUGAACUGCUGCUGACUGUCCAUUACAAAUGCAAACCUUUUCGUUGUCCCGUAAGAAGUGACUGUUCAUCGUGUGAACCUUUUCGCAGUCCCCCUUUUAGGGUCCUAUGAGUCUCUCCGUGAGAGCAUUUCUUGUUUUCCUCCCUGGCAUGGAGGUGACAGCGGAUCCUGAGCCGAGUGAUCAAGAUGACCAUCAGAACUUCUUGUAAAGUAGAUGUUGUACAGUAGAUGUUGUAGAUGAUCACGAGUACUCCCAUACAAUUUUUCUUGGAUGAUGAUGGAGUAUAUGGGCCUGGACCCAAACGUCCACAUACUCAGGAGAACAGAAGGUACCACGAUCACCUGGUGGGACCCUCGUCGACCAGAUGACGUCCAUCGGCCAGAAAAAAGUCUACUCAAAAUGUGAUCCAGAAGCCAGGAGAACCGGGUGACCUCAUCGGCCAUGCCCUCAUCGGCCAUAGAUAGCCUCCAGAAUAGGAUUUUAUACUUAAUCAUUUCUAUACACUUUGUAUCCGGCCCAUUAGUGGCCCUAUUGUAAAUGGGCCUCCCAAGCCCAAGACUUGGGAGCCCAGCCCUAAUUUUCUCUAUAAAUACUCCCAUUUGGAGUAGUUAUGGGGGUUCACAAAAUCAUUAUUACAAAGUGAUGGAUUGUCGGACCAGGGUAGCCGGAAUCCACCAAGAAUGAAAGUAAAGGGGAGAGUGAAAUGGACGGAAAAGUCAGGUAUUCGAUUAACAAAAUCUCAGUGCAUCAGUCUUAAGAGUGCAAUAGAUUAAGCAUCCCUAUCCACAAAUUGGAAUGUGAUAUUUAUACUAAGGAGAAAAGAAAAUACUUGGUGCCCAAGUAAAAAGAUUCUGGUCUAAUAGGAGAGGGGCACGUGUAAAGCUACUCUAACAAACUACCAGCCUGAAUGAUUCGGGAGCAGCCACGUGGAAAGCUGAUUGGAGAGAGAACUUCUGAUAGCUGGCUGAUUGGUUUAUUCUUCUAACAGAAUUCCUGCCAGAGAUCGUGUGCAGACAAUCCGGCGUACUCCACUUGUGCGGAGAGUGACGUGGUGAUGUUUCCUCACGAUUUAAGCCCUUGCAAAUUUUGCCUAAGUACAGGGUGUUUUUCUCCCGACCUCGAGGGUUACUGAGGUCGGUAUCUGGGGGCUCGGGCCCAUGCUGAGAGGACUCGUUCUGCUGUCUCCCGUUCUCGCUCUGGAGGUAAUUUGACUGCCUGGUGAUUUGAUUGGUGUUGACCUGGAGCAACACUUCUGAGGUCAGAUUUGAUGCCGACCUCGGAUGUCCCGAGGUCGGGCUCAUGGAUCGCCGAGUUUGGUUGGCUCCUGAGCUCGAUGUUUCCCGACCUCGAGGUCGGGGGUCGGGGUUGGUGGACCCUGUUAUCUGAUGAGUUUACUUGAUUCCUGAGCCUGGUGUUCCCCGACCUUGACGGUCGGGGUCGGGGUCGGAUCCUGAUGUGGACUUAGUAUUUCCUUGCCCCCGAUGAACCCGCAAGGCUUUCUACCGACGAUCGCGGUACCCCUGGGGUGUACGGGAAUAUACUCCAUCAUGAGUCCCCCACUCUCCGAGGCGAAAGUGAAACUUGAGGUGAGAGAGAGUAAAUCUUCAAUUUCCUGGGCGCGUUCGCCCGGCAGGGGUGCUGCUAUUCCAUGGUCAUGACAAAGGGGUACCUCAUUAAAAACUCCGCUGAGGAAAAAGCCUGUGGGAAAAAAUCCUAACGGAGGAAAAAGAGUAUACUCCGCUUUGCCAUGAAGUCCGAAGAGGAAAGCGACGCCCCGCUGCAGAGAAGUAUGAGCCCGAGCUUCGCGUUUUCCGCGUUCCAAACCUGCUUCAUGGGUUAGUUGCUACAUCCGCGGCCCCGUCCAUGGGUUGAUGAAAUUUAGAAGAAAUUUGUAAGGAGUUUUCACCUAUGUACGAAUUUUGAGGAUAUACAUGUUCGGUGCCGAGCCUGAGGUGGCUACGUCGUCCUGAGCUUGGCUGUUGUUGUUGUUGUUGUUUUGUUUUUGCUGUUUUUUGAUCUCUUUCCCGAGUCCCCCACUUACCAGUCCCCCACUCUUGUGGACUUAGAAUAUUUUCUAUAGAAAUUAGUUCAAAUAGGACUAAAACUAUGGCAAAAACCUAAAAUAAGACUUGCUGUGUUUUUAAUCCAAAAUAGGACCAUAUGAGUCCUAUUGGAAACAUACCUAUUUUUGCAUUACAUUCUUACCCUUCCAUUAAAUAUGAAUUAAAAAUAGUCAAAAG